UGUAUAUUAUUUAACGGGUCGCGUCCCGAAAUAAUGUUGGUGGUGUGAUCUGUGAUAUCUCCAAUUUUCGUUGACCUUUUCUCUCGCAACUCCUGAUUAUUGAGGCCGACCACCGACAGUAUAUAUAUACAUAUAUAACUACACAACUCAUUGUUGCGUCCCAAUUGCUACGUGACAAUAUACACAAAAACAAUGGCUGGUGACAAUCCAUACAACAAUUUACUGAAAACCGUCAACGUAGGCGGCAGGGAAUUUAAAUACUACGAUCUGUCGUCGUUCGGAGAAAAAUAUGACCGUUUGCCUUAUUCCAUACGUAUCCUGUUGGAGUCAGCUGUUCGUAACUGUGACAACUUCCAGAUUACCCAGAAAGAUGUACAGAAUAUCCUCAAUUGGGAGGAGAAUCAGGCUGUUGAAGGUGGAAUUGAAAUACCAUUUAAACCGGCUCGAGUCAUACUACAAGACUUCACAGGAGUCCCAGCAGUUGUGGAUUUUGCUGCCAUGAGAGAUGCCGUCAAAGAAUUGGGAGGUGAUCCAGAGAAAAUCAAUCCAAUUUGCCCCGCCGACCUCGUCAUCGAUCACUCGAUCCAGGUCGAUUUCACCAGAUCGGCGGACGCCUUGCAAAAAAAUCAGGACUUGGAAUUCGAAAGAAACAAAGAACGAUUUUUGUUCUUGAAGUGGGGUGCCAAAGCUUUCAAUAACAUGUUGAUCGUACCGCCCGGCAGCGGUAUCAUCCAUCAGGUCAAUCUGGAGUAUCUGGCCAGGGUGGUGUUCACUGGUAAACAGGAUUCGGUGCUUUAUCCCGACACUGUGGUGGGCACCGACUCGCACACCACGAUGAUCAACGGCCUGGGCGUCCUGGGCUGGGGCGUCGGCGGCAUCGAGGCCGAGGCGGUGAUGCUGGGCCAAUCCAUCAGCAUGCUCCUGCCCCAAGUCGUCGGCUACAAGCUGUACGGCGAGCUGAACCCCUACGUUACAUCCACCGACUUGGUCCUCACCAUCACCAAGCACCUCCGCCAACUCGGAGUUGUCGGCAAGUUCGUCGAGUUCUACGGACCCGGAGUGGCGGCCCUUUCGAUCGCCGACCGUGCCACCGUCGCCAACAUGUGUCCCGAGUACGGAGCCACCGUCGGGUUCUUCCCGGUCGACCAGAACUCCUUGGUUUACCUGAAACAAACGAAUAGGACUGAUGAGCAGGUGAAACUGAUCGAGGCGUACUUGAACGCCACUAAACAGCUCAGGAACUACAACAGCGAAAAGGAGCCGGUGUUCAGCCAGAACGUCGGUCUGGACCUGGCGACCGUCGUGUCUUCAGUCAGCGGCCCCAAGCGACCCAACGACAGGGUUUCUGUAUCAGAUAUGAAGGCCGACUUCCAUCAAUGUCUCACCAACAAGGUCGGCUUCAAAGGUUUCGCCAUUCCGCAAGACAAGCUUCAAACCACAGCGAAAUUCAUGUAUGACGGCAAACAAUACACCUUGACCCACGGCAGCGUCAUAAUCGCGGCCAUAACCUCCUGCACCAACACGAGCAACCCGAGCGUAAUGUUGGGCGCAGGAAUGUUGGCCAAAAAAGCGGUGGAAGCGGGUCUGUCCGUCGCUCCCUACAUUAAAACCAGCCUGUCCCCAGGUUCUGGAGUCGUGACGUAUUAUCUAAGGGAAUCCGGAGUGAUCCCCGCCCUCACUCAACUCGGCUUCGACAUCGUGGGAUACGGGUGUAUGACUUGUAUAGGGAACAGCGGCGGUAUCGAUGAGAACAUCGCCAACGCCAUCGAACAAAACGAUUUGGUGUGUUGUGGUGUUCUGUCCGGCAACAGGAACUUCGAGGGCAGGAUUCAUCCAAACACCAGAGCCAACUAUCUGGCCAGUCCUUUGUUGGUUAUUGCCUACGCCAUUGCCGGAAGAGUGGAUAUUGACUUCGACACUGAACCUCUUGGCAAACGUCCCGAUGGCUCAGACGUGUUUCUGCGAGACAUCUGGCCAACCCGAUCGGAAAUCCAUGCGGUGGAGCAAAAAUACGUCAUUCCAGCUAUGUUUCAGGAAGUAUAUGCCAAAAUUGAAACCGGUUCCUCCAACUGGCAAAGCCUUGCGGCUCCCGGAGGAAAACUCUAUCCCUGGUCCAACACCUCUACAUACAUCAAGAAGCCACCGUAUUUCGACGGCAUGACAAGGAGUUUGCCUACCAGAGGUUCGAUCAAGGACGCCAAGGUGUUGCUGUACUUGGGCGACUCCGUCACCACCGAUCACAUCAGUCCCGCAGGGUCAAUUGGCAGGACUAGUCCUGCAGCAAGAUACUUGGCACAAAACGGCUUGACGCCACGCGAGUUCAACUCGUACGGUUCUCGCAGAGGAAACGACGCCAUCAUGUCCAGAGGCACCUUUGCCAACAUCCGUCUCGUGAACAAAUUCAUGAGCAAACCAGGCCCCAGGACCAUCUACCACCCGACCAACGAAGAAAUGGACGUCUUCGACUGUGCCGAAAGGUACAAGGCCAACAACACACCUUUGCUUAUCAUUGCCGGCAAGGACUACGGAUCUGGUUCUAGCAGAGACUGGGCUGCCAAAGGACCUUACUUAUUGGGUGUCAAAGCUGUUAUCGCAGAAUCAUUCGAAAGAAUCCACCGUUCAAACUUGGUGGGAAUGGGAAUCGUUCCGUUGCAAUUCCUGGACGGAGAAAACGCCGAAACUUUAGGGCUGACCGGUAAAGAGAGCUACGAAAUUCAACUACCCGACGAUUUGAAACCUGGCCAAAAGAUCCAGGUUGCGACGAACACUGGCAAAAGCUUUAAUGUAACACUCAGAUUUGACACUGAAGUGGACUUGCUAUUUUACAGGAACGGCGGCAUUUUGAAUUACAUGAUUAGACAAAUGUUGGCUUAAGAUUGUUUUAAUUUCUUUUUUCUUAUUGACUGUUUUUAUGCUCAACCAAUUGGUUUGCUAUAAUAAUUUUAUUAUGUGAGGGUCUUAUGUUGGUUUAUAUGUAUUCAUAUAUGGCUUGUUUACUUAGAUGUUAUCAGAUAUAUUUUUGACAAAUUUUACUUUUUUACCAUGUUAUAUAUACAAUAAGGUGUCAGCAAUAAAGUGCCAUUUUAAAACA